AUGUCGUGGUAUCAAACAAGUAUUAGUUUAAAAAGAAAAGCCAGAGGUUGUCAUUUAAUUACAAAUGAAAUUGUGGGUCAAGUUCCUGAAAUACGAAAUUAUAAAAUUGGGUUGGCAAAUAUAUUCUUACAACAUACAUCUGCAUCACUUUGCUUGAAUGAAAAUGCUGACCCAGAUGUACGUGUGGACAUGGAGAUGGGAUUAAAUAAAUUAGUCCCUGAGAAGUGGCCUUAUAUUCAUACAGCAGAAGGUCCUGAUGAUAUGCCUGGUCAUCUUAAAAAUGCUAUAAUCGGCUCAUCUUUAAAUAUUCCUAUCACGAAUGGAACUUUAAAUUUAGGAACCUGGCAAGGUAUUUGGUUAUUGGAGCACAGAGAAUUUGCAUCAGGAAGAAGAAUUGUUGUGACUUUGCAAGGUGAAAAAAAGUAG